AUGGCAAGUCAGCCGUCCGUCUAUCGUCGAGAACCAGGCGAUUGGCCUUGUUCGCAAUGUGGAGAAUUUAAUUUCAAGUCUCGCAACGCUUGUCGUCGUUGUUCGACUUCACGUGGUUCAACAUCUACUCCCCGUCCUACACCUCAAAUUCAACCGCGAGAAGGUGAUUGGACAUGUCGUUUUUGUCUCAAUAUAAAUUUUGCUGCUCGUAUUGCGUGCAAUAAAUGCGGUCGAACAAAACAAGAUACAGCGAAUUCAAAUGCAGGAGGACAAGUAGCGAUAGUACAGAAAUCGGGUGAUUGGACUUGUCAAUUUUGUAAAGUGACGAACUUCUCCUCUCGUGCUGAGUGUUAUCAAUGUCGACGAGGAAAACCGGAACCAAUGAAUGUUGAUUCUCCCCCACACCCACCACCAGCAGCUAAACCUGGCGACUGGAAAUGUCCAUCGUGUCCUGAAACGAAUUUCGGCUCACGUACUGUAUGUCGAUCUUGUGGAGCUGCACGACCUUCAUCUGAAGCUAAGGAUAACGGGACCAGUGAAUGCGUCAUAUGUAUGGAAAAAUCGAUCGAUUCGGUGAUCACUACUUGUGGUCAUUCUGCAGUUUGCCUUCAAUGUGGUGCACAGGUUACACAGUGUCCUAUCUGCCGUAAUCCUUUCACUCAGCAACAACUUAUAAAACUUUAUAAUGUUUACUAA